AUGCCUCAACUCAGGGGUCGAGCGUUGAUGCUCACGAUCAGUCUUCUUACCUCCCUCGGGUUCAUGCUAAUUGGGUAUGACAAUGGCCUCAUGGGUGGACUUGUUGGGGCGCCAGCCUUCAAUAAAACCUUCGAUCACCCAUCGUCGGACAUGAUUGGCACGAUUGUGGCCAUCUUCGAAAUUGGUUGCUUCAUUGGAGCCAUGGCGACAGCGUUCAUCGGAGAGAAACUCGGUCGUCGCAAGAGUGUCGGCAUCGGUGCUAUUAUCAGCAUGAUUGGCGCCCUCCUCCAGGCCACCGCUUACGGACGGGCCCACCUCAUCGUUGGCCGCAUUGUAUCGGGAGUUGGCCUAGGUAUAAUCAACUCGACUGUGCCCGUCAUGCAAGCGGAGUUCAGUCCCAAAGCGAGCCGUGGUAUCUACGUUUGCGCGCAGCUGUCGACUCUGAACUUCGGUAUCUUCCUGGUAUACUGGAUUGACUACGCUUUUGUCUCCCAUACUUCCAGCUACGCUUGGCGCAUACCCACCAUCCUGCAGUGCAUCAUCCUCGUCGCGAUCCUCGGUCUGUUGACUUUGAUCCCUGAGACACCGAGAUGGUUGGCGUCGCAUGAUCGCCCGGAUGAGUGUUUGCAGGUAUUGGCACGUGUUGCGGACGUCCCUGAGACAGAUUUUGAGGUGCAGAGACUCCAUACUGUCAUCACCGAGACUGUUGCUUUUGAGGCUUCGCGACAAGCAGGCUGGAAGGACAUCGUCCGAAGCGACCCCAUCAAGUCAAGGAGGCGCUUCCUCAUCGCUUGUGGUAUUCAGAUGUUCCAGCAGUUGGGUGGUAUCAACGCCAUCAUCUACUACUCGGGUACUCUCUUUGAGAAGAGCAUCGGCUUCGACACCCACAUGGCGUCCUUGAUGAGUGGUUUCCUACAGACCUGGUUCUUCGUCGCUUCAUUCAUCCCAUGGUUCCUCAUCGACAGGAUCGGAAGACGACCACUCCUACUGUCCAUGAUCAGCGUCAUGGCCGCCGUCAUGGCAGUCCAAGCCGGCCUCAUCUACCAAGUGCAGUACCAAACCGCCUCAGCCAAGGGCGCAGGUAUCGCAGCGGCCGCCAUGCUCUUCAUCUUCCAAGGAGCCUUCACCAUCGGCUUCCAAGCGACGGUCUGGGUAUACCCGUCCGAGAUUCUGCCUCUGCGUCUGCGACAGCGUGGAUCGGCCAUUUCGACGGCUGCCAACUGGAUAUGCAACUACAUUAUCGUGCAAGUCACACCUCCCGCUAUCAACAACAUCGGAUGGCGCACAUACAUCAUCUUCGCCGUGCUCAAUGCCCUCUGGGUACCGAUCAUCUUCUUGUUCUUCCCUGAGACCAAGGGUCUUGAGCUGGAAGAUGUUGACCGCCUGUUCUCGGGCGAGGCGAGCCACACUGACUUGCUGGAGAAGGCUGGUGAUGAGGAGCGAGUGGAGGAUGUUUCGCACAUGUCAUUCCCCGCAAAGGAGGCCUUGUAA